GGUCUGCUAGCGUUGCUUUGCUUGCUUGCUGCUUGAAUCUCCACUUGCACGGCACCAUCGUCGCAAGGGCACUUCCAUGAACUCUGGCCUGGACCGUGGUCCGACGCAACCCAGUUUCGUGAAUCAACUUUUGGGUUUCGCUGGUUUGACUCGGAUUCUGAGUGUGGAGCUUACGAAGGCGGUGGAUUGUUUCCGGGAGUUGCUGGGUGCGUGUACAGAAAUGCGGUGAAAAUAGUCACGUAAGCUAAGAGAGCGUUCGCGGCAAGAGGCCAUGGCGACCCCGGCAGAAAGCGGUCCCCUAAGCAUCGCGAUUCCGCAAGCGCAGUUGCCCCAGACGACAGAAUCUCGGGGUGAGGGUGGAGCAGCGUCCGUCAGUACAACGCAGCAGAAGAUUUCUGAGCUCACCCACAAUGUUGGCGAGAGCGUGGACCGUCUGUUAGACGAGUCCCAUCGCUUCAAAUCAGCGGUGCGCGCUGCCUUCGAACAAUUCCAGAUGCCACGGCCCGCCAAGGAGCUGCCUGUGAACCAGCUACUUCCAGCCUUGCAGUUCUUCGUGCAGAGGCUCUGCGAUGACCUCGAUGCUAAAUGUGGAAAGCUGGUGUUACGACCAAUCACUCAGGAGGAUAUACAGGGCUCGAUGAGAAGCAAUCCUUCUCUCACCCUCCAACCGCUCCUCACAGCUCAACAGUUUGAAAGCUUUGCUAGGGAGACACUGAAACGGGUGGCCCUCGACCGGGGCAAGCGUCUCGGUUUGUUUAUGAUCGGUGGCAUUUUUGCAGUUCACAUGGCAAAGGGUGCAGUGAAGAAGAUUCCCAUCCUGGGUGGCCCGCUUGGAGCGUUUGCUAAUGUCCUAUUGCCCACAACUCUGCUAGGGCCUGCUGUGGGGGUUGCAGGCGCUUUGUAUUUGUAGCAUUUUCUGCAAGUGUGCUCAGAAACACAGGUUUAAUUUCUCAAUUUGUCGCCUCACUUUGGAUUCAAAUCCAUAUAUAGAUUUGCUAUAGUUUAACAUUGUUUGAAGAAGCAAGCAAGCUUUUCUGAUUCGACCACCGUUAGGAGAGAGUACAGUUAGAAACUGUGUCAAGUUUAAUGCUUCAAGUUGUGCAUAAAAUUGUCUACUGGCGCUCAGGGCUAGAACUUUUUCGUGCUUUUGAGCGGUUUUUUAAUCGCAGGGCUGUUCAAUCGAUUUCUGCCUCGUGCACAACAUCUGGGAUUCCUGUGA